GCCACGCCGGCCAGUAUCGAUUCUACCCAGUCUCGGAAUCCAGGCUCUCUCAUGGUUAAGGAAGAUGGCAACGUCCGAUUUAUGGAUAGUUACAUUUGGGCCAGUGUCUACGAUGAGCUUCAAAAAAUGCGAGAUAUCGUAGAGACGGAUGAUCCAGAAGAAUCUAGUCUCCUCGGCUCAGAUGAGCUCACCCCCGACAAUAACGCAGACCUCGUUCUUUCCGCCGACCUGUUCAAUACGAAUGUUGAAGAUCUGCAACCCGACCCCAUUCAUAUUUUCCGGCUCUGGCAACUCUAUCUUGAUCGUGUCAACCCCCUUUUCAAAAUUCUCCACGUACCGUCUGUGCAGCCCUUAAUCAUGGAAGCAGUGAAUAACAUGAGUACUAUGCCGCUACACAAUCAAGCCCUUCUUUUCUCCAUCUUUGGCAUGGCAAGUGUUUCCAUGUCGGCUGCCGAGUGCAUACAAUCACUUGGCAUGUCUCGCGACGCCGCUAUCCAGAAAUUCAAUACCGGCACCAAGGCGGCCUUGAUCAAGUACAGCUUUCUUAAAAAUUAUAAUAUGACUACGCUGCAAGCCAUUAUUCUCUAUCUGCUUUCUCUUGAGGGACGCUAUGAUAGACAUGCUCAAUGGAUCAUUAGCGGGGUCAUUAUGCGGAUAGCUCAGAAAAUGGGCUACCAUCGAGAUGGCUCCCAGCUUAACUUGACCCCCUUCGAAACCGAGAUGCGCAGACGCAUUUGGUGGCAGAUUAUGAUGCUCGAUGCCAAAUGUGCCAUGAUGUCUGGUCUAAGCCAGUCAUGGGUGAAUAUUAACUGGGAUACUAAGAAGCCUCUGAAUCUGAACGAUGCAGACCUUUUCCCCGGCUCAACCGAGCCGGUCGUGGAGCGUGAUGGCCCUACAGAAAUGGCUUUCAGCAUUGUCAUCGGAGAAAUAUUCCGAUUCAAAAUAGAGACUGAUGGAUCUAACGAAUCUCGUGCCUUUGAAGCUGCCAUGAUGGGCCAGACGCUCGAUGACAGUGCAGACGCUGAGAACAACACGAAAGCCAUUUUUGACAAGUUUCGGAAAAAGGCCGAAGCGCUAGAAGAGAGGCUGUUGGAGAUUGAGAAAAAUAUGAUUGACAUAAGAGCGGGCAAUGCGCAUGCCGCAGCGCUUGCUAUUCGACCAAUGCUCACCCACAGGUUGCAGGAGAUGCUCGUUCCAAUUCAAGAGCAGCCAGAGUGGGGAACCGAGAUCUUCGGUCCGAAGGACAAUUUCUUCAAGGUUCUUCUGAUGAUGAUGGAGCACAAGACGGAGGCUCACGAGCAGAUGGUCGCCGCCGGCUUCCAGUGGUUUAUGCGGUUUCACUUUCAGCUUGAUGCAUUUGCAGUCUUCACAGGGUUGCUCCACGACCGUCCGGUGGGAAGUCUGUCGGACCGCGCUUGGGAGGUAAUGCGCAAGAUUUAUUCUGACCACCUCGAAUUCUCUGACAUGACCAUCAAACCCCACGUCGCCCAAGCACAAUUCGUACUUAAAGCCUGGCGGGCGCGGGAGCUUGCAUAUGCCCAGAAUGGCCAGCGGAUUGAUACACCAAACUUUAUCAAUCGACUUAGGGAUUUGGUGCCAUGCAACGAUUCCAGGUCUUCUGGCCAGGGAUCUGUGACAUCUCCCACCACGACGGUAACACCUCAACAGCAGCCACUGACAGGCUUCAACCAGUUUCUCGGUGGGUAUCUCGAUGUUUCCACAGUCAAUUGGGAAAUAUUUGGAGAAUUUCUGCCGAAUAGCGGAGAGCAACUCUCAGCCUCCAUGUUUGACGGAUAUACCAUGGGCAAUCUCAAUAUGAACAAUAUGGGCUAGAAGCUUCAUUUCUCUCUAUGAGAUACACACUAGGACCAGGCAACAGAAAGAGAUGG